GUAGUCUGUACCCACCAAAUUACCCAUCAGAAUCGUUGUACUUCUUGUGCUGCGAUGAAGCUUUCUUGUUUUCCCGUCUGGUUCCUUGUCUUUUUCCUCUUCCACUUCACUUUUCCUUCACAUUCCGUCCCUUUGUUGCCGGGAACCAACGUCACUCUCUACGGUGAUGCUUACAUCCGGGGCUCCUCCAUCAGCCUCACUCACGAAUUCUCAUGCCCGUCUUCUCCUUCUUCUUCUUCCUCUAGCAUGGGGAGAGCUCUUUAUGUAUACCCAGUUCGGUUUCUUGAUCCCAAAGCCAAUACCACCGCGUCUUUCACUUGCCGCUUCUCUUUCUCCAUAAUUCCUAACCCCAUGUGUUCUUCCGGGGAUGGAAUCGCGUUCUUGAUUACUUCUAGUGCCGAUUCUUUCAGCCUCCAUAAUGGGUACAUGGGUCUUCCGGAACCCAACUUCAAGACGCAAGAAUCUUUCAUUGCGGUUGAGUUCGAUACCAAUUACGAUCCUUCCCUUGGGGACAUUAAUGGGAAUCACAUUGGGGUGGAUGUGAACACGGUUUUAUCUUUUGCCUCUGUUGAUGUUGUCUCCAAGGGAAUUGAUCUGAAAAGUGGGAGGCAGAUUACGGUUUGGAUUGAGUACAAAGAUGCGGUGAAAUUGGUAAAGGUGUGGGUUGGGUAUACAUUGGUGAAGCCGCGGGAUCCUGUUCUUGUCGUCCAGAUUGAUCUUUCCAAGGAAUUCUAUGAGUAUAUGCAUGUGGGUUUCUCGGCUUCCAGUGGGCAAGGUUCAGCUAUGCAUAUCAUCGAAAACUGGAGGUUCAGAACUUGGUCUUACCCUGCUGUGAAUCCUGUAGAUACAGUUGAAGAAGGAUACUGUUUCUUGUGUUCUCCUGAGGAUUCAUCUAACAAAACCAGCCCAGUUGAUCAUCCUCGGAAAAAAGGACCCAGGGUGCAUAAAAUGGCUCUUGGUUUAGGAGGCCUUGCUAUAUUAAUUGUCUCAGUUGUAUCAAUUGUUGGUAUUAUCAGUGUCUGUGUGAUAAGGAAGAAAAGGGUCAUAAUUAGAAAAAGAAAAGAAAGGGAAGCUUGUAGAGUACAGACUAGUAGAGUUCCAACAAGGUUGUCUCUCACAGAGAUAAGAGCAGCCACAAUGGGGUUUAGUCGAAACAAAAUAGUUGGUGAAGGUGCUUCAGCCACUGUCUACAAGGGGUCUCUUCCCUCUGGUGUUGCAGUGGCAGUCAAGAGGUUUGAUAGGACUAAUCGAGCUGGGCUUAGUCGCAAUCCAUUCACUACAGAGUUUGCAACAAUGGCAGGUUACUUAAGGCACAAGAACUUGGUUCAGCUUCAAGGUUGGUGCUGUGAGGGAUCCGAGCUAGUUUUAGUCUAUGAGUACCUUCCCAAUGGAAGCCUUGACAAACUCCUCCACAAUGACUCCACUUCUACAGUGUACCUCUCAUGGGGGGUAAGAAUGAAUAUAGUUCUCGGGGUCGCUUCUGCUCUUACAUAUCUACAUGAAGAAUGUGAGAGACAGAUAAUUCAUAGAGAUGUCAAGAGCUGUAACAUAAUGCUGGACGAUGAGUUCAAUGCCAAGCUUGGUGAUUUUGGUCUUGCAGAAGUUUAUGACCAUCGUUCUGUUUCUAGAGAGGCUACUAUACCAGCAGGGACAAUGGGAUAUCUUGCUCCUGAGUACGUAUAUUGUGGUGUUCCAACUGAGAAAACUGAUGUUUACAGUUUUGGUGUGGUUGUGCUUGAGGUAGCUACAGGGAGGAGGCCUGUCGAUGAUGAUGGAACCGUGCUUGUUGAUUGGGUUUGGGACCUAUGGGUAAGUGGGAAACUGAUUGAGGCUGCUGAUUGCAUGUUGGCAGGGAGAUACAAUGUUUCGGAGAUGGAGAGGAUGCUCAUGGUAGGACUUUCUUGUGUGCACCCAAACCAUGAGAAGAGACCAACCGUGAAGCAAGCUGUGAGGAUUAUCAAAGGCGAGGCACCACUUCCCCUUUUGCCGGUCAGAAAACCAACAGUGAGCAUCCGGUCUGUUAUGAAUGCAGAUUCUGAAGAAAUGCUGAACUCUGGUGAUCAAAGUCCUGGUUGUGAUGAAGUGUCGUGGUUGACACCUAAGAGCCAUUUUAGCUAGAACUGUGAAUGUAAUGAAACAUACUGUGAUUAGCAUAAGCACUUCUGAAGCUUUAACUUUCUGUCAAAAUGCUUGCAGUUUUUGAGACUCUGGUCUUGUGAAGUUGUGGUCAUGAUGUAUUCUAAGACAUGAUUGACAUGAUUUUCUAUUGUUCCACACGAUCUCCAUGUAAUAACAGAGAGGAUUCUUCUUUCAUUUCUCCAGUUCGGAAGCGUUUUCUUUUGUAACCUUCUGGUAUCAUACAUACAAGUUUUGACAUAUAUCCCUCUUUUCAGGUCUCCAGAAAUUAGGCUGUUU